UGAAAUUCCCAGUUGGGAGAAUAAAUAGAGCCAGCAGCCCAAGGAUGGAGCAGACGGCUUCAUCAUGUCUUCUGGAAGUCUUCUUCUCCUGCUGGGACUCCUCACCCUCUGGGCAGAGCUGACCCCUGUCUCUGGCCAGAAGCGUCCAAAGCUUUGUUAUCUUCCUCCUGAGACCGGACCCUGCAGAGCCAGACAGACUCGUUUCUACUACAACCCGGCUUCUAACAAAUGCCAAGAAUUUGUUUAUGGUGGUUGUCAGGGCAAUGCCAACAGGUUUGAGACCAGAGAAGAAUGCCACUUCACCUGUGUUGAAAAACGUGGAGUGUGUCCCCAGGGCCCUCAACAACGUCCUUGUCUCGAGAAGUGUCAAAAUGACUGGAAUUGUCCUGGGAGGCAGAAGUGUUGCCGUUACGGUUGCCUGGCUGAGUGCAAGGAUCCUGCCUAUGGGAAGCAUGCAUUACCAACAAGGAGACCCACCAGAAUUGGAACUACUGUUUGAACAUGAGCCAAAGAGCCUCCUUCUGUCCUGGACCAUCCUGGAGACCCUCCCCCCAAAACCCACCCUGGGCUCAUUCCUUCUCUUCUGCAAUAAAGCUUUGGUUCCAGCUGCC